CGGCAUAAAGUAUUCCAUUCAUCGCAGAAUGCAGUCACUUUCCUAUUGCGGAAGGCAGAACAGACAGCAUUUCGCGCAUACUUACUCUCCUUGAAGGACAAUUCUGUAUUAUUUGGAUUUUGUAUGGAGCAACUGAGCACAGUUUCCUUGUGGGAGAAGCCGGGAGAGGACAGGCUGUAACAAGCAUAGCCUAUCGUGCGAGAGUGGGACUCGGCUCGAGUCGUCUAUUAGUUUCUUCACCGAUCUGCAGAUAGACCCCGCUAUUGCGAUAACAGCAAAUCACGGGCUCAGUCUGCGGGGGGGAAACAGCGAAGUUAGGCUGAGGAGGUUUAACUUGACAUUUACUGGCUACGUUGAUGGUGCUUUCAGUUAACAUCAAUUGAUUUAAGUGGUGAACUCUGCAGUCGGUGGAUUUUUUUUUGUCCCAGAAAUACCCAAACAGAUGUAGAUGCGGCUUUUUUACGCACACGACUCGGAUUGGAAUGAAUCAUUUUUUGUUUAGUCUGCCCAAUCUAAUAUGGGCGCAGGUGCAGGACUGAGAGACGCGGCAUGUUGUCAGCCGUCUUCUGUUUUCUUUGCGAUGUGUUCGAGUGCCGUGCUGCUGAUGGAUCCAGUCAGAGUCGCAGUUAACAAGGUGCUGUGAAGUGGCUCAUAGCCGUCGCUUCAUCAGGUCUCGGCGGAAGGAUGCUGUGGGUAACCCUGCUAAGCACAAUAGCUUUAGGAUGGACUACGCCGAUCCCCAUGCUGGACGACUCGGAGGAGAUAGACGAGCCUUGUUUUGACCCCUGCUACUGUGAAGUGAAGGAGGGCAUUUUCCACGUCCACUGCGACAGCAAAGGAUUUACAAAUGUCAGUCAGAUAUCACAAUCAUGGACGAGGCCGUUCAAGCUCAACCUGCAGAGAAACUCGAUGCGCAAGUUGUACUUCAAUAGCUUCUUGCAUCUGAACAAUGCCAUCUCACUCAACCUGGGGAACAAUGCGCUACAGGACAUCCACGUUGGCGCGUUCAACGGCUUGAACCUUUUGAAAAAGCUUUUUCUGCACGAAAACAAACUGGAAGUGUUCAGAAACGACACCUUCCUGGGCCUGGAGAGCCUCGAGUAUUUGCAGGCUGAUUAUAAUGUUAUUAAAAGAAUAGAGAGCGGGGCAUUUAGAAACCUGCACAAACUCAAAGUGCUUAUUUUGAAUGACAAUUUAAUCCCCGUUCUGCCCAGUAUGCUAUUCAGAUCAGUCUCUCUCACGCACCUUGACCUACGCGGCAACCGGUUGAAGAUUCUGCCUUACAAGGGCACGCUGGAGUUUAUUGGCCGCACUCUCAUGGAGCUUCAGUUGGAGGAGAACCCGUGGAACUGCGUGUGUGAGAUUGUGCAGCUCAAAACGUGGCUUGAGCGCAUCCCUUACACCGCCUUGGUUGGUGACAUAACGUGUGAGCACCCCUUUCACUUGCAUGGCAAGGACCUGCGAGAGAUUAAACGGGGCGAGCUGUGCCCUUUGAUGUCAGAGGCAGAGGUAGAGGCCAAGCUUGGCAUCCCCAAAGUACCGUUCAGCAAUGAGAACCCGUGGCCCACCAAGCCCUCCUCCAUGCUGUCCUCGUUCCACAACACUGCCUCGUCGGUGGAAUACAGGGAGAGACCCCCGAAGCCAACCAAACGGCCCAGACCCACUAAAACCCCACCAACCCCACGCAGUAUCUACCCCGGGCCAAAUCAGCCGCCCGUAGCCGGGUAUCAGACGAGACCGCCCAUUCCUAUCAUCUGCCCAGCGGGAUGCAUCUGCAAUUUGCACAUCAAUGAUUUGGGGCUUACCGUCAAUUGUAAAGAGAAAGGCAUCCAUAACAUAUCCGAACUGUUGCCACGCCCAUUAAAUGCCAAGAAGCUGUACUUGAGUGGAAACUUGAUACAAAAAAUUUACAGAUCAGAUUUUUGGAAUUUUUCCAGUUUGGAUUUAUUGCACCUGGGUAACAAUCGUAUAUCAUACGUACAAGAGGGCGCGUUCAUCAACCUACCCAACUUGAAAAGCCUAUACCUGAAUGGCAACGACAUAGAAAGGCUAACCCCGGGGAUGUUUCGGGGACUUCAGACUCUGAGUUACCUGUAUUUUGAGUACAAUGUGAUACGAGAGAUACAGCCUGCCGCAUUCAGCCUGAUGCCGAAUCUGCAGCUGGUUUUUCUGAACGACAACCUGCUGCGCACUUUGCCCGUUGAUGCGUUUGCUGGCACCUCGCUGGCCAGGCUCAACCUGCGCAACAACUACUUUCUCCACCUGCCAGUCAGCGGGGUGCUGGAGCACCUGCACUCCAUUGUCCAGAUUGACUUGCACCAGAACCCCUGGGACUGCUCCUGUGACAUCAUUCCGCUGAAACAGUGGAUGGAGAAGCUGAGCUCCGUCAUUGUUGUUGGCGAGGUGAUUUGCAAAACGCCUGAGUUUGCUUUUGGCAAGGAUUUACGCUUACUCGACCCCGAGGUCAUCUGUCCCGAGUUAAAGUUCACGGCACCUUCCGCUGCCUCUCCCGAUGACAUGACAUCCACUAGCACUUUUGGAUUAGGAUACGCCCCGGCGACUGGCGCUGUCCCCCUCUCGGUGCUGAUCCUCAGCCUGCUCAUUCUGUUCAUAUCGGCCGUGUUUGUGGCCGCGGGUCUGUUCGCCUUCGUCCUGAGACGACGGAAGAAACUGCCCUUCAGAAAGCGACAGGAGGUGGACCUGACUGGCAUUCAGAUGCAGUGCAGGAUAUUCGAAGAGCGACAGACAGCCUCGCCCGAGAAACCACCCGGCCAUGUCUAUGAAUAUAUCCCCCAUCCCGUCACACAAAUGUGCAACAAUCCCAUAUACAAACCGCGAGAGGGAGAAGGCGAGGAGCAGUUCACCGAGACCAAGGAGAACAACAGCAAUUACCGAACUCUGCUUGAGAAAGAGAAAGAGUGGACAAUGGCUGUGUCCAAUUCUCAGCUCAACACCAUCGUCACCGUCAAUCAGGCGGGGGACAUAGCAGCUUUUCACGAAAACGGGGGGCUUUGCCCCACUGUCAUAGACAGCCAGAGACCCACCCCCACGGUGGGGUUCGUAGACUGCCUGUAUGGCACCGUUCCUAAAUUAAAGGACAUGCACGUUGCACACGCACACCCCCCAGGAAUGCAAUACCCCGACUUACAGCAAGACGCCAGGUUGAAAGAAACACUACUUUUCACCGCGGGGAAAGGAUAUCCCGACCCAACCCAAAGCGAAUACCUCGAGUUACGAGCCAAGCUCCAGACCAAGCCGGAUUACCUCGAAGUGUUGGAGAAAUCAUAUCGAUUCUAACCUGAGAAACAAUAUCUUGGCAGCCCCCCCUCAAAAGAUUACGGAACAUCAUAAAACAAGCAUGACAAAAACAAAAAAUGGAAAACAACAAAACAAAGCAAAACAUAUAUAUCACAAACAAAUAUUUUCCCCAAGUCGUGUUGGAGGAAGGGCCAUACUCAGAUAUUCAAUGAAGUGCCUUUUUCAGAGUAGCCAGCAAUGUUAUCAACCCUUAUUUUUAUACAAAACAGAUAUUUGGUUGCGCAGUGGAGGCGUCAGCGUGUCAUUCAAAAUACUAGACGAAGCCUUCAUGCGCUGAGCGUGCUCACAUGGCUCGUGCAGAGAGAUCCGCGAGGAGCAGGAUGUCUCCACGGCUUGUCUCUCACGCGCGGAUAUUUGACCAAGGUCUGGCACAGUUUGUAGAAUAUUGCAGUUUGCUGCAUGCAUUCAACUGCAGGGGUGGGUAUUGCUCCAAACUAUCACUCACAUAUAAUAGAGAUACUGCAACGCAUUAUUGUUCAGUGGUCUAUUUAAUUUUAUAUUAUUACGAAAACAGUCAAAAAAGAGUAUCUCUCAAGGACUCACCCAAGGAUCAACCUUUGUGAAUAUAUAAUGACACUGAAGAUUUUAUGGAAUUCAACGCACUUUCUUAAGAAAAAUGCUUCUGGAUAUUAUCACUAACGGCUUUGUAGGAAGCACUUUUAAUGUUUUCUCUCACAAAGAUUUGAAAAAAAUGUGCAUAUAUUUAUUCUGUAAUUUCAGUGAAAAAUUUAACUUGUAAAGGUAAUGUUAAAUCAAUGUAUAGUGAUUAUGCGUCUGGUAUAGCCUUCUUAAUAAAAACAAACUCUUAAAUAAAGAGGUGCUAACGCAUACAGUUUGUCUACAACAGCUAGCAGACGUAUUGAUAUGUGGUAAUACCAGACUGUGGUUGUCGAAUCUGUACAUGCCUGGAAAUACCUUGAGGUUUGAUGAUUCGCAUCAUAUUACAAUCUUGUUUGCUUCAAACAUACAAAAAUCAAACUAUUCAAGGUCUAUAACAGACAUUCUCCAUGCAUGAGAAAAAGUAGGAUGUAGGAUGUCCAAUGACUCUGAAACUCGGGUGGAUAUGCUUUUGAAAUGGAAUGGAAAUGGGAGGUCUGUUUUCAAAUGCUAGAAAUGGUUGUUUAGCACACGAGCUGAUUGAAACCUGAUACAAUGUGGAAAAGGGUGAAAGGAAGAAGCAUUGUUCAUUUUCUCCACAAGGGGGCAACAUCGAGACAUUCAAAGGUGGUUAACGGCACGUUUUCCCCAACCAGGUUAACCGUGACAGUCCACAAGAGCCCCCUUGCAAAAACGUCUGUGACUAAAUUCUGUUCAUUAUUAAGCGUAUAGUGGCAAUUCUCUGACCAAGUAUAACUCCAGUAAGUGUAUUUGUAAAUGCUCCUUGUUGUUUGAAGGUCAUGUAAGGCAUUGUAUGCAAGGACUGCCUUUCUCCAGUGAUGGAAUGUUUUUUCAGUUCUUGGGAGCUUGUGUGGUACCUGAUGGGAGGUGUGAAUCAGAGAGAGAAAGACAGCGACAGAAGGUCGUAGAUAUUUUAUUUCUCCCUUGACAAUUGAUACAUUGCACUUUUAAAUUUGCCGAUAAGUUAGACAGAGGUUGUAGGCCCUUGCCUUUCCACAAGAUCAUUCACCAUCUUGUGGAUUAUUUUUCAACAAAAAAACACAAGUUCCAAUCUUUCAUCCAUCCUUCAGUCAUCAUUAUGACUGAGUCACACAUCAUCUCAGCUGUCACAGAGUAAUUAUUGCAGUGUUAAUUCAUUUAGAGAGUAAGAUUGACACAAUGAGUGUUAAAUAUUUCUCCCUGAGUGUUAAACUAACGCUGCAAAACUGGAGUUUGUUUCUCGAUAGUGUAGUUGUUAACCAGUUAGCAACUUGGGUGGUUGCCAAUGGGAAAUUGCAUUGCAAACAGCAUAGUAGCUAACAUAAUUAUGUCACAACUAUGGUUUCGAGAAAUGCACCCCUGGGCAGUUGUAGCCUUGCAUCCCAUCGUAAUGCACUCCCACGACCCACAAACAGGCAAUCAGGCAGGAGGGAUGGUGUAGCGUACUGGUAUCUUGCAAAACAAAAAAUGUAUCCAUUUCCCUCUGUGACACUUGGUUCAUUAAAUUCCCGGAAAGAACACAAAUGCUCAUUGUACUUCAGCUCGUUAGUCGUGAAUUAAUCAGAGGUUAUGGCACAUGGUUGUGAUCUGUGACUAAAAAUGAUGAAAAUGAUACUUCUUUUUUUUUGCUCACAUACACUGACAAGUGUUUUGCCUUUGUUCUAAUAAAUUAUAUUUGUAUC